AUGGCGUCGACGCCGGGUGCCACAUCAGAUUUUACGGAUAGCGUAGCGUGGGGCGCGCAGACGGAUGUGACGCCGGGAGAGGUGGUCGAGAAGCAACGCCUGGUCCGAGACAUCAUGGCCAGUCAAGACAGUCUUCGAGCACUCCUCGCACGCGUGUCGUCGGUGCAAGCAGACUGCCAAAAGGCUGAGGCCGACAACGAGAUGUUGCAGAUGUACAUCGACAGUGUGACAAAGAGUCUCGCGGCAAAGAGCUGA